AUGAAUAUGUGUAGAGUUCUAUUCAUAUGGCUUCUUCCUUUGCUUUUCUCAAUAUCAUCAACUACAGUUUAUGCAGCACCAGCUAGGUUGAGUGUGUUCCGAAAAUCAAUCCUACGAGACCACGAUAACCGAUUUGCAUAUGAUUCAAAUGAAUUCGAAACGCAUUACUACACUCAGGUUGUUGAUCACUUCAACUACAGGCCUCAGAGCUAUGCCACCUUUCAACAAUGGUACGUGAUCAAUUAUAAGUACUGGGGUGGUGCAAGUUCGAACGCGCCAAUCUUCGUGUACCUCGGGGCAGAAGCACCAUUGGAUUAUGAUAUAGGCGGUAUUUUUCAAUGA